AUGGCACUCAUUCAGAUAUCCCUGAUUUGGGCCGUGUAUGCGCUUGUGGUAGCUAUGUUGCUUGCAGUGGCUUCUGUGUUUGUUCAUAUUUACCAAACUCCUCGGGAUCGUUAUCCAUCUGUGACUUUUACAUGCGUCAUCGCGAUCACCAGUCUUCUUGCGACGGUGCUUGUUCUGCCGGUGGAUGUGGCGCUUGUUUCAUCGACAACCUCGUCCAAGCUUGGCCAGCGGAAAGACUGGGCUACACAGGAUGAGGUUGACAAAAUAACCUCCUCCUUGACAGUCGUGUAUUAUUUCCUGUAUUCGUUGGAUGCAGUGCUUUGUCUCCUGGGAAUCCCAUUUGCAUAUUUCUGGUAUGAUGGAUAUGAUGAGGUGGCGACAGAAACAGGUCAGCAAACGGUUGGGCAGCGGCUUUGGGGGGCCCUCAAGUACACCAUGUCAUUCGUUACUAUUGCGAUUAUCCUGUUCGUUGUCGGAUUUUUCGUCCCAGUGUCGAGGAACAAGAAUGGCAUGGAGCUGGAUUACUUCAAGAAACUAUUGACUGAGAAUCAUGGGGAACGUGCUCUGACUUUUGCCCUUGGGGUGCUGAUGACCAUCGGAAUCUGCCUCUAUGUCCUAUAUACCUCCGCGGGUCUCGCUCUCUUCCCAAUCAGCUUGAUCAAGACCGCCCCAUCAAUCUCCAACCCGCGCUUGCGAGCCAGUACGGCAGUACAGCUCGAGACAAAUCGUGAGCGGCAACGUCAGUUGGAAGGACGUUGCGGAGGGAACCCCGAUAUCCUAUCGUCCAAUGAUCGCAGGGAGCUCGAUACUCUUGCACGGGAGGAGAGGACGCUUAUUCAGCGACAACGCCUGGUAGAAGAAGCUCAGGGCGAAGGUUGGAGCUGCUUGGUGAGGGUAUGGUUCAAGAUCGAAGCGAUUUGCCGUCCCUUUAAGCUUCUGGGUGGCAUUCUACUACUUUUGGUCGCGUCCAUUACAUGGGUAUCUAUGCUUUUGACUUCAGUUGACAAAGCAAAAAACUCGAUCUGCAAGAUCCUUUGUGGAUAUAUCCUCGGACACGUCAAUUUUUUCAAUCCCGUUAACUGGGCUCUUGUCCAAUCUGCCAACAUCUUUCCCGUUGACUAUGCUAUUUUCACCGUGCUUGUGCUUUUUUUCUUCUGCAGUUCUAUUGCCGGGAUUGCUGCAGUGGGAAUCCGCUUCUUGUGGAUCAGAAUCUUCCAAAUCCGACAGGGGCACACGUCUCCCCAGGAUCUACUCCUAGCGACCGCUAUGUUGAUGCUGAUCAUCUUAGCGUUGAAUUAUUCAAUUUCGAUGGUAGUUGCUCCGCAGUACGCAACAUUCGGGCCACAAACUUUCUGUGAUCAUGCUCCUGGGCCGCCGCUGGACCAGCCGGACUGCUCAAACAAUAAAGAUAUUAUCAGACCGUGCUCGGAACUGGCAGACAGCCCCGCAGCACAGCGAGUCUGCACACCCAGUAUUGGCAGCACCUUCCUUAAUCGCGUCACGCUGAAUGUUCCUUUCUUCGGCGCCGUGUUCUUUUGGGCCCAAUUCCUCUUUCUCGGCUUUUCUCUUGUCACCUUUCUCACGUCUCUGUUACGCGCCCCGAACUUGGGCGAGAGGCAGUUCGACGAAGAUGCCGAGGAGCAUGAGGAGGAAGGAUUAUUGGCUAGCACUAGAAGACGGUUUAAUGCCAACUGGCAGGACAUCACUGGGAGGGCAAGCGGGAAUGGCUCUGAUGGCUGA